AUGUAGCACCGUCUGCACUGUCAAAGAACAGUUUUUCUAGCUUCGAAUAAUUCUAGUGAAAUUACUUUAGCUACUGUGCCAGAAAAUGCACCUAUCUAAUUCUGUACAGUUCAAUAUUGUUUUUACAUGUUAAUCUAUUGUACAUAAUGCGAAACUAUCACCAAAAUAUUUUACAUAAUUUAUGAGCAAUUAAAUGAAUCUGCCGUCACGUAAUGAUCAAACUGGUGUAAAUCAUCAAAGAUGAUAGUGAGUUUGUUCCCGGACAGCGUCUGGGGAUGUACAGUGAAGCAGCAUCAAAAACAAAAACACCUCCUCUACCAUAAGAUCAUCUACGCCCUCAUUAGCGAUAAGUACAAACAUACAAUAUUGCGGAAGUCUUCGUUUGCCCUGCUCUAUCUGUCCUACGUGUUUAUAAAGAUGCUUCCAAUGACACUGGCUAUCGAAACGCAUACGAGCACUAAAUCGAUUACAUCAUUAACUGUAAAACCACGUGCAUUUCCGGAAAUAGUGGCACCAUCGUUGGACGAAGAAGAUGAUGAUUAUAUGGAUGAAUAUGUUAAUGAAUACGACAUUGUCAACAAUAAGUCAGCCAAAGGAAUGUACGUUGGUGCACCAUGCGAGUUUCUAUGCAACGCAAAGCUUCAUCAUGUGUACUGUGACCCUACCACAAACACUUGCAGCUGUGAAAAAGAUUAUGUGGUAUUGAUUGGACAACUGAAAGGAUGUGCCAAGCCCAAAAAACUUGGGGAACAAUGUUUCUACGAUCAAACAUGCAUCUACAACGAUGAACAUGCACUUUGUAUGCAGAUCGUCCACAAUGCAAUAUGCCAAUGUGCACCUGGUUUCCACUCGGUUAGUUAUUCAAAGCCUACCAGGCGAGUAUUUUGUACCCAAGACAUGGCCACUAUUACUGCAGAUCUUCCGACGCUUUUCGGAGUUACCAGCGGCAUUGCAGUGCUCGCUGGUCUAAUUUGCAUGGUACUGCAUUUAUUCAGUAAAACAAAGUAUCCUCGACCAAGGCACUUUGGCGAUGCGAAUCUUGCACCACCAAUUUUAUUCUCCAGUGAUACAGGGAUACCAUUGACAAUACAGUCUGCAAGACCGUCAUCUCGUUCCAGUCAGCGCUCAAGCGGUUCCAUCGGUUCCUAUGGCAAUCGGCGAGCGUCGAGUGCACCGCUACACGGCUCUAAAGGGGUUUUGGUCUCGACCUCCCGUACAGGUUCCCGAAGACCCAGUUUAGCUUCCGUGCACAGCACGACCUCAUCUGUUCGAAGCUACAGUAUGCGCCGGUUUGAGCAGGAAAUACAGCAGAAGGAGCUUCGACAAGAAAUGAAGAAACAUUUAGCGCGACUUCAAGAACAACAACAGCUGCAAAAAAUUAAACCAAACAUCAUUAUUGGCGAUGUGAUAUCGUGCCCUAUGAAUAGGCCGAUCCUCACCACCCCAAGCCCUAUGACUCCUAAUUCCCUAGAUGACAUAAUACUUCCGUCGGUGGAUGAAACACAAGAGUUCUCUCCAAACCUUAGUCAGCGCUCAGUUAGCGAUAGCACUGGAGGGUGUUUUGAUGGACCGUGUAGUUCCACCGAGUUGCUGAAGUAAUAGACAGCGUGUUGUAACUACCAAAAUAGUGAUGACUAUAGGCAAAUGUUAUAUAGGAACCUUUUAUGGAAUUUUUUAAAAGUUAAUGAUGAACAUGAGACACAUUGAAGAACUACUAAGCACGUGCAGUAAACCGUGCGUGUGCUAAGCUCCAAUAUGUAAGGUCCCGAACCUGAUGAGAGAUCCCAGUGUGUGCAGCCAUAGUACCUCUAUGAGCUAGUGGGAAUCUUCAACGACUACGAGAAUAAAAACCGGAACUCGAAAAUGUUCAAAUCGAAUCAGUGUCGCUUCACAGGGACGGUAAAUUUAAUCUUAAUUUAUUUUGAAUCAACGCGAUACGAUGAAUUAAACAAAAAUCAGACCACGUGAUUCUGCUAAAAAUGUAAUGUUUUCGAUUUAACUUUUUUGAAAAGUAUUUUUACCAUAAUUACCACACACCUUCAAAUAUUUUACAGCGAUACGAUUAAAUGUAAGGGUAUGGCUGUGAUUUUUUUUUCUGAAUUCAUUAAAUAACAGUCGUGUCUCAAUUAUGGCUUACUGAAGCUAUUGUCCUAUCAACAAACGAAAUCUCUAUUAAUUGCAAUUAAGAUAAUAGCAUUUAACAAAUAUAAAUCGUUUGAAAGACUCGAUUUUUCUGUUUCAUUGAUGCUUCUCAAAUGAUAUUUCCAUGAAAAAAUAACAUCUAAUCUCUAAAGACCAAUGUUUGUACAUUGAUUGCGAUACAAAUGCCAGCAUCAAUUUUCUUCAAUAUAACAUCAUUUAUUUCAGGAAGUAAACUUAUGAAAUAUGUGAAAAUUAAUGGAUAUAAUUUCUAAACGAGGAAUCCAAGAACAAAGACAAAACACGUAUAACACAAAACCAUGUACUUUAGCAUGUUCAUGUUGGCUUAAAUGUUCUAUUGUAAGGUAAAUAAUCAACUUUAACGGUACAUGCUUAGCUAUAAACGGCGAUAAGUUGCGAUGCUCAGUAACAUGGUUGCACGGGGUAUGAAGCAUUCUAAAUUUGGUUUAUACAAACGCAGUAGAGAUGACUAUUUUGUUUCAGAGCAAAAUAGAAGCAAAAGUCAUAAAUGCCCCAUUAAAAUGUUCUACAGAAUAUAUUCUUCAUAACAUGUUUGCUGUUUUUCGUUCGUGAUUGUUUCCACCAAUUUUUCGAAAAUACUUGCAGCUUAAUGAAUUAGAUAGUAAGUUUGCAUUCUGAACGGGCAUUACAAUAGGACGUAUAAUUAAAAUAGAACCAAUCUAAGUCAGGGGUAUUGUUAUAACGGACUUGGGACAGUAAAUGAAUGUCGAUUCGAUGUGGAAAAUGAUUUCCAAUUACAAUUUCAACAUGUUUAUAAGCAGUUGGUUUUCCUAAUGAAAUAUAAAUAUUAUAUUUUAAUGCAAUAAUUGCGUCUGUUUUUCUGUCAGAUCUUCGCCAGUGUGAUUGAUUUUUAAAAUUCAUCAGAUUUAUAACUAAGCUCAAACGAUACGGUGCAUUUGUAAAAAAGGGGGAGCAUUUAUCUAAAAUCGAAAAAAAUCUUGAGUGCAUUGUUAAACGAUAUUGCCAUUACGAGCGACUAUAGUCACUAGCUGAACCGAAAAGAACAGAAAACUAUGGAUGUUCAUAUUUGAGCAAUGCGAGAAAAAGUAGAAAUUUAUGUUGAACACAUUGAAUAUUAAACUUAUAUUAUCUUUGUGAAAUAUUGAGCAUAGACUGAUAUAUCUUUAGAGAAGGGCAGAAAACAACAGAAAAUGAGAAGUUGAUUGAAACGAUAAUGUUACGGACGCAUACACAAUUUACCUAUUACCCUGGAAAAAAUAAAACGCUGCAGUUCUUUCAAUAAGCAUUGAACAACAUGAACGAAGCACAUACUUCGUGAGAAUAGUUCAAUUACUACGAUAUUGGCAUUGUGUUAAUCCUUUUCUGGAGAGCUUGUUAUUUAAGUCAGUCUUUCCGCACCAGUACAAGACUGAUAUUUGUAUUAAGCAUUGAUUUGGCAAUUAUAAAUUACUUACUCGUAUGCUUUAUUGGCCAUUUUUAUCUCCUGAUACAAUUCCUUAAUUCAACAUAAAUUCUAGUGAAAAAUUACUGUAUCUUAAAUGGGAAUUUUAAUUUCAAUUAAAUUUCGUACCGCCUUACGAUAUACACCGGCGAUGCAUAUACGAACCGCUUGAGUUUCUUCAAAUGAUUGCGAGAUUUCUAAUGAGACGUACACUAAUCUGUUCCACGAAUGAAGGAGAUUGAAUAAAGAGUCAAGUGUUUGCUUCAAUCAUUUUCAUACUUCAGUCAUUUUAUUGUCAAACAAAGGUAUUUAAUUAGAUUUAAGUAGAUUAUGGCAGCGGGGCUAAGGUAUGUAAUUUUUUUAAACUUCAUUUAUUUUUUACAGUUUUUUGUGAAUGCUGAGCCAUUCAAGAGUAUUGUGUAAAAUGUUUAGAUCAAUGAACAAUCUUUAACCCUCAUCGGUUCUUUGUAUGCGCGCCCACACAAUGUGGUUCGAAAACAUCAAAUUAUUCGAAAACGGCUCGAUCAAAUGGUCUGAAUUUCUCUUAAAUCUUUUGAUCAAAGAAUAGAAAUAUUUUACUAAAAAUUUUUAGGCAUGUGUAGUAUCGCCAGAGAUGAAAUAGUUACAAAACGGUUCCUGUGUAUGCGUACGCAUACACAUACAUCUGCCAUUUGUAUUUAGCCAAAAACAAUCCUUUUCGCUGCUUUGGAAAUAUGAAUUCAGUUAUUUAUAUAUUGCAUCAAAAUAUAUAUUCAUCCGUAAAUAUAUUGCAUCCAAAUCUGCCAAAUAUGGCAUGGUAAUUUUGGUUUUAGGUGUUUCAAAGAUGGUAUGCAUACAAUACACAAAUUUAUAAUUAUCGUGAUUGAUACACCACUCCCAAAAGCAACUUAUGCUGGCGUAUUUUUUGGAUUUGACAGACAGAAUAUAUGAUCAACAUGUAACAUGCGACAAUUUUUUACCUCAUAUGAUUCGGCUGAAGAAUUGAAAAUAGGAAUGCAAUUCUAUUAGCCUUGGUUGAUAUGCGCACAAAUCUAAUAUAUUCUAGUGAAGCUAUUUAUGACCGCAAAUUACAAGCCGUUACGUUGCCGUAUGUCCCUCGUCGCUGCCAAUUUGUCAUUUUGUUGAGCAUGUACUGUAAUGCUGUCAGGAUCAACAUUAAUCAAAAAAUUAAAAAGCCAAACAUAGUUGAGUACUUACAAGAAGAGUAAAGGAGGGAUUGACACCAUGGAUCAAAUGGAACCCAUUACUUGCAAAGGAAAAAUAAAUCGUUGGCAAAUGGCUCUGUAGUAUGCAAUAUUAGUAGCCAUUAUUUGUUCACGGAAUUGUUUCCGGACUGAAAAAAAGGGAGCCAUAAUAUUCGUCGUCGGUUGUUUAUCAAAGCAUUGGGAAUGCCUCUUGUCCAUCCACACAUAGUAAGACACAAAACAAGACCGACUGAUAAUGAUGCUGCUAAUGUUUCGCAUAAUGUUCGUCCAAUUCGCCAUUUGACACCAACAACCGAAAACGGCCGUUGCUACAUCUGCACUAACAAAACUAACCAAAAUGUGCAUGUUAUGAAAGUGUGCCAAAUUUGAUUAUGCUGACCAUCGAUACGAUAUUUGCAGGAAAUGUGCCAAAAAAUUGAGAAAACUUGAAAACUUUUUCUCAAAAAACUUGAUUUUCUAUUUGCCGGCUUUACUACACAAUUUUUAAGGCAAAAUUGUGUGUAUGCGCGCGCAUACACAAGAACCGGUUCGAUGCAAUUCUGGAGGGACCGAUGGGGGUUAAGCACUUUAUCAGAACAUUAUUUUCCAGAUAGCCCCGUCGAGUUUUCAUAAAACAUGUUGAUAUUAAAAAAAGUUAACACAAUAUUGGCAUUUUCAUAAAAAAAAUGAUGAAUGUUGGUCCGAUGAUCCAGCACGCGGCUAAG